AUGGGCUGGUUCUGGGGAGAUAGCAAAAAUGAUCCUGUGAAGAAGCUCGACCCGGGCCUGCGAGAGUACCUCGAGCAAGAGCGACCGGACAAAUAUGUUCCUGCGCCGGAUGUGAAGCAGCCAACUACACCGUCGCCUCAACCAGAGUCAGCCGAUCCCUCGAAACCCACCGUUCCUGCGCAAUCGCUCUAUCAGGAUGGCCGUUACGCAGAUCUGUGGAAGACCUACAAACCCCCUGUCAAUGCCGACGGAGGCGAUGGGGUCCGCGGAGCUGCACGAGUGAUUGAGAAAUUUAAGGAGCGUGGCGAUACAGUGCAACGAGCGGCGAUGGAGAACUGCGCCAUGGAGCAUGAGGCGCUUACAUUAUGCUUCCAAACUGGAAACUGGAAGAAGCAGCUCGAGUCCCGACUGACCAUGUGCGCGGAGCAGAAUGGCACGUUCUCGCGAUGCUUUACAACCCAGAGUAAAUUCCUCCAGGCCUUGGGUUAUGCAGCCUCGUUCGAAUAUGACGCCGAGAAAGAGGAGCGGAUUCAGAUGCACGCCGACAAGCUCUACCACCAAAUGCUGGACUUUGAGAAACGAGUGGAGGAAGCCAAAGCAGCUGGCAUUGAGCCACCGCCGAUUCAAUCCCUCUUCCAUCCUGACACAAAGAGCUCAUCAACAACAGACGAGAAGACUCAGGCGGUCAUCGACGUCCCCGGCGGCGAGUCUAUCCCAGCUGGAUUCAAGCCUUCCAAGCCCCUGCAAAAGCUCACGCCGCAUGAGCGGGAGCUGGAGAUCCGAGCCUAUAAUGCCCAUCUCGAGCAACAAAAACUGUACGCUGAUGAGGCCAGUCCAUAUAUGAAGACGCAAACAGAUGCCCGGUCGAAGAGACAAGAAAAGGCCAUCAGCUGGUUUGGCGAAACGAUCGGAAAGUGGGUUUCAUAG